AUGGAGUGGAGCACUGAGAAGCUUCGUGAGUGUUUUUUGAGGUAUUUUUCAAGUAGAUCACAUAAGGUUGUUGAAUCGAGCUCUGUGGUUCCGCAAGAUGACGGCACGCUGCUGUUUACAAACAGUGGGAUGGUGCAGUUCAAGAAGAACCUGCUUGGGGUACGAGAUGAUCUUAGCAGAGCAUGUAGUGUGCAAAGAUGCAUUCGAGCAGGAGGGAAACACAAUGACCUGGAUGAUGUUGGAAAAGACAAUUAUCAUCACACUUAUUUUGAGAUGCUUGGGAAUUGGUCUUUUGGAGAUUACUUCAAGGAGAAGGCGAUUGAGUAUGCAUGGGGGUUUUUGGUUGAUGAGUUAAAGCUUGACAAGGAGAGAUUGUAUGUGACGUACUAUGACGAGCUUGAUAAGGAAAGCAAGGAGAUCUGGCAUCGGUAUCUCCCAAGCUCGAGGAUUAUAGCUGCGCCGUAUGAAGAUAACUUCUGGGAGAUGGGAGAGACAGGACCGUGUGGACCAUGCACUGAGAUACAUUAUGACCGUGUUGGUGGAAGGGACGCAUCGUCGUUGGUGAAUACAGGGGAUCCGACUGUGAUUGAGAUAUGGAAUGUUGUGUUUAUUGAGUACAAUAGGACAGGCAGUGGGCUUGUGCCUCUUGAUAGGAAGUGCAUUGAUACAGGAAUAGGAUUAGAGCGGCUACUGAGCAUACUUAUAGGAGUGGAGUCGAAUUACUUGAUUGAUAGUUUUGGGAUGAUAAUCAAGGCAAUAGAGGAGCGAUGUGGGCACGUGUAUUCUGACGGGAUGGGCAAUAAGGAUGUUGCAUUUAGGGUGGUUGCUGAUCAUUGUAGAACCAUAGCGGUAUGUGUGCAUGACAAGGUUGACUUUGGAAGUGAAGGUAUAGGAUAUGUGCUACGAAGGAUUCUAAGAAGGACGGUGCGGUACUCUCACGAGGUGUUGGGGCUUAAUACUGGGGAGAUUGCGAAGCUUGUAGGGAUAGCAGCUGAUGCAAUAGGAAUAAAACUAGAUGAAGUUGAAUGUGUGGACAAAGAGGAGAGGCUGUUUAUGAAGACUCUGCGCAAGGGGAUAGAGAGGUUUAAGAAGUUGGUUGAUUGUGAGGGGAAGAUAAGCGGGGAGGAUUUGUUUGUGCUGUAUGACACAUAUGGAUUUCCUGUGGACCUGACUGAGCUAAUGGCGGCUGAACAAGGGGUUGAGAUUGAUUAUGCAAAUUUUGAGAGUUGUAAGCAGAAGGCAAAAGAAGCGAGUAGAAAGAUAAAGGAUAUUGGAAUAGAUGAGAAUGUGAUCCCUGUUGGGAUAGUUACAGAUGAUUCUCACAAGUAUAAUAGCAAUGAUGUGAGUGGAAAAUGGAUGUUUGGAGUGGUGAAUGGAGAUGUUGUUUAUGAGUGUGAUAGACUGCCUGAGGAAGUGGAAGUUGGAGUGGUGUUUGACAAGACAUGUUUUUAUGCAGAGUGUGGAGGACAAGUGGCAGAUAUCGGAGAGAUUGUGUUUGAAGAGGAGGGUUUGGAUGGAAAGAAGAAUGAAAUAGGUAUUUUUAGAGUUGUUGAUGUGCAAGUGAUGAAGGGAAGUGUGGUGCAUAAGGGAAUAUUGAAUGGAAGAAUGAGUUUGCAUGCAAAUUUAAGGUAUGAUUGUGAGUAUAGGAAGAGAAUAAUGAGGAAUCACACAGGGACGCAUUUGUUGAAUUUUUUUCUACGCAAGGUUAUCAAGACUGAGCAGCGAGGAAGUCUUGUUGAUGCAGAGAAGCUGAGGUUUGACUUUGAAGGAAGGAAGCUGACAGAUAAGGAGCUUGAGGAUAUUGAAAACAGCAUUAAUGAAUUUAUUGCAAGUAAGGUGCCUGUUAAUGUGAUGAAUGUCUGUAGGGAAGAUGCAUUACGGAUGGCGGGAGUAGUGAGGAUGAGGAAUGAAGAGUAUCCUGAGAUUGUAAGGAUAAUAUCGAUGGAGAAUGAAGAUGAUUUGGUUCAGGAGAUGUGUGGAGGAACACAUGUAUGCAAUGUGUCUGAAGUGAAGCGGUUUAGGAUUCUGAAGGAGUCUGGUGUGUCUGCAAACACCCGAAGGAUAGUUGCGGUGACAGGGGAGACAGCAGAAGAGCUUGAUCAAGAAGUUGAAAAGUAUGUUGCAAGACUACAGAUUGGAGAGGUGGUGAGUAUGGACAAAGCAGUGCCACUUCUAUGCAAGCAGAUGAUUGAGAAACAGAAUGUGGAGAACAAGAAGAAACAAGAAGAAGUAUACAGAGCUAGGUAUAAUAAGAACAAAGAGGAAGUUGUUAAGUUGAUGAAAAUGGCAAAAGAGCAGGGGAGUGACAGGAUAUGUUAUUGCUAUGAAAGCUCAGGUCUCGGAUCUGAGAAGGACAUGUGUAGAUGGGUUUCUAUGUUAUGUGAGGAAGUGAUAAUGAAUGGGAUAAAGUGUUUUGUGUAUGGAAUGAGUGGCAGUGAGUGUAUUGUUGCAGUGAAUGCAGCGGACAUCACGGUAAUGAAGAGCAGGCUUGAGAAUGAGUAUCCAGGGUCGCACCUGAGGAUUAGUAAGGGGAUGGUGCAGGGAAGCGUAUGCAGUAGGCUGAAGAUUGGAGACGCAGAGAGGAUGCUGAGUGGCGAAUAA